AUGGAUGGACGGAAUUUUCGCGCGAUUGAUUCACAUUAUGUAUUUGACAGUUCUGAGGUGCGUUUCAGGCAUGCUGGCCCUGUACCACACACAGGUCGGCAAAUGUAUCGACGCAAUAGAAGAGGACUUUCCAGAACAACUCUUGGACAGGGAAAUUUUCCUGCUAUUGAGUUAGUCCAAGUUGAUGGUGUCGCGGUGCUUGUUAAUCAUUAUAUAGACACGGAAUUGCGCGUUGAAGCUAUGUCUUAUGAGGGAUUGAAUGCAUUGGGCCAGCAGAUUGGCCAUGUAAGCACUGGUUUAUCAGAGGAAAUAAUAACCAAUCAAAUGAAGACAAAAACAUAUUUAAUGGCUGCUAGUGCUGUUAAUUUGGAGGAGGCAAUUGUGGAAGCUGAUGUUUGUAUAAUAUGCCAGGAUGAAUACAAGAACCAAGAUAUGAUUGGAGUUCUUCAAUGUGGGCAUGAAUAUCAUGCUGAUUGUUUAAGGAAAUGGUUGCUUGUGAGAAAUGUCUGCCCCUUGUGCAAAUCAGAAGCAUUCAUUCCAGGGGUGUAACUCAGAAGGAAAUUAGGACUGUACUUCCCAAAAUCUCAGCCUGACAAGUUAUUGGAGAACACAGAAAAGUAAUUUAA